UCCCGAGCAAGAUGGCGGCCGCCGGCCGAAAGACUAGGGGAGCGCAGGAGCGGCAGGAGCAGCGAUUAUAAACCGUGAAAGGAGAAAUCUCGUUUUUUAAGAUGUUCAAGCUGAGUCAAGAGGAAUGAAGCGAAAGGGAUUUCUUUCCCCACUCGCAAAACAACAGCUUUGAGUCUGAAGCCCAGAAACCGAAGUGAAACGCACGGUGCCACCCACCACCUGGUCCCCCCCCCCCCAGGAUGGGAGAAUGGCACAAGAUCUUCCGCCAAAGCCUGGCCAUACCUCCGCGUAACAUACGGAGGCCAAAUUUGCCGCUGCAGCCAUCGGUGCCAUUUCAGUGCGUCUUGAAGAGUGUCCAUGGGAAUGCCUUGAAACAGAAAGUUCUUGAGAACAUGGUGGAGGUGGCUUUCCAGCUGCGCCUUUCGCUCUUCGACCUGGCCUACCGCCAGUUCUUCGGCAGGACCUGGAGAAGCCCCCCGAGGCCUCUGAAAUCCGUCCCGGGGCAGCUGCCUUCCGUGGUCUUCAACGAGACGGUGUAUUUCCUCACCCCUGUGGGCCACCCGGGCGUCUUGAUGGUGCUAGAAAUCGUGGCGACCGCCAAGGGACAGGACGCGGCACCCCGGGAAGUCGGCUGCGGCUUCGGGUUCCUCCGGUUGUUUAACGGCAAAUCCGAGCCGCUGAUUUGGAACUCGACGGGCAAAGGGCUCCCUGUCCAUCAGGGGACUCCCCGCGCCCUCCUGCACCCGCUGCUCCUGGAGCCCAUCGAGAAGAACAAGCACCUGAUGGUGAUGGAAAACACUCACCUGCACUGCACCUUACAGCUCCACCCACCUCUGGAGGCCAUUGGCCACCUGCUCCCUGAGAACAGCCCCGUCUCCAGCGGGCAGAGGGUCCCGGGGGUCUGGGCAGCCCCCGAAGGAGACUUUUUGCAGAAGCCCCGCCUGAUGAAGAGCCAGACGUGGUACCUGGAGAAGCUGACCGUCCACCUGUACCCCUCCCUGGAGAGGUUUGAGGAGGAGCUGCUGAGCUUCCUUAUGAACGAGCAGGUUAACUCGAUCCUGGACGGGACCUCCCUCGCCAUCCAGGAGCGCCGGCUACACAUUGGCGUCCACAACGGAUUGUGCUUCGUGCAGCCCCCUCAGGUGGUGGUGGUGGUCCCGGUGGCAUUGCCAGAGGCCGACAGAGCCCGGGGAAGCAGCAGCAGCGCCAGCAGCCUGCGCCGGAAACAAGGAAGCCCCUUCAAAGGGAGUGCCGAGGGACAAGCCCUCAUCCUGCGAAGCCGCAUCCACCUGGCCGAGAUGGUUCCCCACCCUGCUUUUGCAGUGGUCUUCCUGUUGGAAUACGUCUUCUCCGUUACAAGUGGGCCUGAUGGGAAGACGCCCUCCAUGACCUCCCUGACGGCCGCAGCCUACAUGCACUCGGUCCGCUGGGCUCUGUGGCAGCCGGUCCCGGAUGCGAAUUCUGCGGACGUGGUCCUUCCCUUGCGAGGAGGGCCUCAGCUGAAUCCCCACCACGUCUUGGUCUACAAGACUCCCCCGGCUGCCAUGAGCUCCGAAGAGGUGAAGCAGGUUGAGUCGGGCACCCUCGCCUUUCACUUCUCCACCAAGUCCGAGGAGCGACUCGGAACAGCGGCCAAAACUCCGGGCGUUAAGAAAGAAACCUCGCUGCCCCCCAAGAGCCCACCCCUCGCAUCGCACGGUUCGCCUCCUUCCGUCCAGAUGUUGGUUUCUACUCAGGAUUACACUCAGGGUCCCGGGCUGUCGAUGUCGCAACUGUUGGCCUCCCCGAUAAACAGGAGCGGCCACGCACCGCUGCCAGCGGCCAGGGCUGCUCAUCCGUCCCAGGACAGACUUCAGCCAGCCAGAGAGCCGGAGCAGAGCCAAGCAGCCAUCGCUCACCUGGAGUCCGACCUGAGUUACAACCCUCAACUGGAGGACGGCUCCACGCUCGACCAGCUGCAAGAACUCCCCUUCACGCCAGUCCACAUGCCCAUCCUGGCCCUCGGGGGAGCCCCUUCACGGAGCCCCAACACCGCCCCCACUCGGGCCUCUCUCGCCCGCCUGCGCACAGCUGGAUUCCCAGAGCUUCUGGAUUGCAACAAGGAGCCGGUUGAGAUGCUGGACCCCAACGACCCCGCCCCCUGCAGCCCCCAGCGGGAAGAAGGCGACCCCUUGCCCGACCACGAGAUCCACCUCCAGUUCCUGGCCUUGAGCAGGCCUGCCCAGGACAACCCUGCUACCUGGCCCCAAAGCAUCUACUUCACCCUCCAGUUUUACCGCUUCCCCCCGGUCACCACGCCGCGGCUGCAGCUGGUCCAGACUCCGGCCUGUGGGCCAGCCACCCACAUCUUGGUGCAGAUCAACCCAGACGGGAGUCCGAAUCUUGGGCCCCCUGGCCUCCACCUGAAGUACCUGGUGGGCGUGGCCUCCCUGAAGCCAGGUGAGCCGCGCUGGUUCCUUCGCUACCUGGCCCAGCAGGCUCUGCAGAUCGACGUCUGGGACGGGGACUCCCUCCUCCUGCUGGGCUCUGCCGCCGUGAAGCUGAAGCAUCUCCUGCGCCAAGGACGGACGGGGGUCCAGAUCUACCACGAGUUGGAGGUCCUGACUGUGGAGUACAAACCAGAUGCGACCGUGCUGAGUGGGGAGGCCUUCCGCCCUUGGGGGGUCAAGCCCAUCGGGGUCCACGCGGUCGUGAGGGGUCAGCUUCACCUCCGCCUGGCAAACAUUGGUGAGUCCCACUUCUAACUUCUGUCUGUUCAC